AUGCCAAAGGUAGUGAAGCGCUCUGCCUGCGACCAGUGUAGAGCAAAGCGAGUCCGAUGUCUUCGUCCCCAAGGUAGCACGGAACCCUGUGCACGUUGUGCCUCAUCGAGAGCUGCCUGCGUCACCGGUGCCCCAGGCUAUCCUGGUCGUCCGCGGAAGGGAGCCCCGCGAGAAAAGGACGAGCUCGCGUUAUCUAAGAGUACGCCGGCGGUGGAUGCGUCUAUGCUGAUGAACACGCCUUCGCCCAGCUGCUUCAGGCCCGAAGCGGCAAACUUGCUGGAAGCUCAUCAACAUCAAUCAAAGGGAAUAUUGUUCCAGGAACAGUCAGGUCCCGGUCCAAAUCCCCUACCAGCGUCAGGUUGUGGUGCAAAUUUGCUGGACUUUCCUUUGAGCGUGGAGGACUUGCCCGCACAGCAGCUGGGCACCGCAUUACAAGAACUACCGAGAGCUGACGGGGACAUUUAUACCAAUCACGACUUUGAUAACAUGCUCGAUUUCGAUUUCCUCGGUUCUUCUGGAUGUCAACUAAACCUAAAUCCUACCCCGAGUGCAGCUACAUCGCUUAUACAAUUCCGAGAGAACAUCGACCAGCGCGUCUCAGCCAUGGACGGUUUCCUCUCAGACCCUCGCAACAUCGUAGACAACUGCCCGGAGGACACCACGGCCAUGACGUCUGAAAACCCACUCGCCACAGCGAUCAUGUGCGCGGAAGAGUUCGUCAGUAUCAUCCAGAAUUUAGCGCAGUCAGUCAUCAACACCGAAACAACUCUGCUCGUCCUUUCGAGCUAUCUCCAACUCCUCAGACUCUACGACUCUCUAUUCCACGACGCCUACCGAUGCCUGUCUCAGAUACCACCGGAGACUAUCAAGUCGAUCAAGGUGAAGUCGGUAUUCCGCGUCGCCGGCAUCUCCUCACUUCAAGAUAUGCCCGGGAAAGCAUAUGCCAAGGGAAUAGUUGAUGUCAUUCAAACUCACAUUCAAGCUGUAGAGCGCUGCCUCGGACUCCCGGCGGUAUACUGCCUCUCUGGUGAAGGGGGUGCUCCGCAGAAAGGGAUAUUCACUGAUGCAGACCGGGCGCGGUUGCUUCGUGUUGUUAUGGAUCAGGAGGACGUUGGGUCGAGGGGCAAGUCGUAUGUGGAUUCGAUUAGGGAAAAUAUCAACGAUACUAUCGCAUUGUUUUGA